GUAGUUUGUGAGGACAGUACGUACUAGAGGUCUGGAGUAACUAGCCCGGGUCCUGUGGGGCAGCGGUGUUACACGAAUGCAAACAACAUAAUGGUUCCGGUCCGGUUAAAAUUGGCGGUUCCGAUUCCAAAUGUGGUUAACCAAAAACCGCGAACAAGUGUACAUGUAUGCAUGACAUCAAACAACAUUGCACACGUUCCUAUGUUCAAGCUUGAUCAAAAUCCAACACUACUUCCAAAAUUUUCAUUAGUAGCCAUAUACAUACUACAUGUUGUCGAGUUCUCUCGUAUCUCAAGCAGAGUUAUUGAAUUCACUCUAGAAGAGUCAUCACCAGCUUGUUGUGUACUCUGUGUGACACCAUUUGUUGCGUCAAUAAGUUCUCUAAGGUGAAUGUGGCUUAUCGAAUUAACUCUAGAAGAGUCAUCAAAAUCUUGUUGCGUACUCUGCCUGACACCAUUUGUUGUGUCAAUAAGUCCUUGAAGGUCAGCACCUACUUACCUCAUACAUGGUCGACUUCUUGGGUCCUCUUUCAAGCAUUUCAUUGUGGUUAACGUAACUUCCUUCAUUUGUUCCAUAUUACCCUCCACGACGAGAAAAGGGCCUAGUAUGUCAACCAAACGCUCUUCAUGCAUAGUUGAGUUAAAGGUGAUCAGCAAAUGAUCAUUAGUGCUCUCGAAUAUAAUUAGAGGUCUUUAUGUGGUCAAUUAUUUUACUAAUACUACACCAAAUGCAUAUGCAUCCUGAUUGUCAGUCACUUUACGCGUAGUAAAAAUGUUAGGAUCCACAUAACCAUAUGUAAACACGAGGACAACCACGGUAUGAUGUGUCAUAUCAACGGGCAUCAGCACAGAUGUCCCAAAGUCAGAUAUUAUGGAUCGCAUAUCUUCAUGAAGCAAUAUGUUUGAAGGCUUCAUAUCUCCAUAAAAUACAGCUCUUGAACCUUAGAGUGCAAGUGAGAAAGUCCAGUCACUAUUUAUGUUGUGAUGCGCAAACGAUCUUCUCAUGAUGGACUCAUAGUAUAUUGAAGUUGGUAUUGUCACGACCAUGAAGCUGAGUUUAAUGUAAAAUUUUGUGCACUCUCAUAUACAAUCAAUGGAACUUCUACCUCCAAACAACAACCGAUAACUUUCACUGUGUCAGUGAUUUAUUUGAGAUAAAAUAGAUAUCUCGUUGAUAAAGACAAAUAUUUUCGCCUUAUCUAACAUCAAGGAUUUUUUGAUAUCUACUAUCUUUCCAUUUGAUAGCAUGUCUUUAUAGAGCUUACAAUUUCCUUCUACACGGAGAAUUCGCUCAUUGUUAAAGUUCAUUAUUGCUAACUCUAUCUCUUUUAUGGUGAACACUUUUGUUUUGUUUUCUUGACUCAAAAGAUUUCUUUGUUCCAAAAGCAAUCCACCAUUUUUUUGCAAAAGUGUUUCUCCUCUUCUUUACUUUCUUCUCCUUUUUAAUAACAUUUUUUAGUAAAUGCUAUCAAAAGGGGACUCCAAUGCUGUAAAAAAUAAUGUUAUCUGAUAUUGCAUGUUAUCAGGAAAAUGAAAUAGGUAAAAUAAUGGAGUAAGAUUAGAUUGUAAACUUGAUACACGUGUGCAAUACUCUUCCCUCUGUCCCUUACUCCCUUUAAAUGUUUCCCUUUUUCGGACGCCUAACACAGAUUUUUCUCAUUUCGUUUUUUGGAAAGUACUGUGUGGUUACUGGCUAACAUCCAUUUACAUUUUUCUUACUUAACCACAACCGUACAUUUUCAUUUUAUUCUUACUUUUUAAACUUCGAUCCAAAUCGAACCAGGAAAACUUUUAUGAGACAUACGGAGUACAAUUUUUCAAAAAAUCAUUUUUUAAAGAUAGCUUAAUUUGCUCAACCAUAUGUGUACGCAAGGCUCAAUGAUUUCAUCUAUCUUUUCAGCUAGGUUUUGAAAUCUGAGAACAGUAUUUGUUGGCUGUACAUGAUAGGAAAUGCUUUUUUAUAAUAAAAAGCAGAGAGUUGCAUCAAUUUUACCAUCCAAGCAAAAAAUCUCUCAUGCUUAACCAUAUAAUCAAUUCUUUAUAUUUGUUCAUAUCAAAUAUGUUUCGGUGUAUCAAUAUUUUCUUUUCAUGCUUAUUAGCACUAAAUGACACUCUAGAAACCCAAAUGGCAAAGGAGGUUUGUACUUCAAAGUGUGGAAGCUAAACCAUGCCUUUUCCAUUUGGGAUUGGAAAUGGGUGCUACUUUAACGAAGAGUUUGAGAUGAUCUACAACGAAAAAAUCAGUGUGGCAUCAUUAACAUAUCUGGGUGGACUACAAGUAUAGAACAUAUCAACAAACUACAUUGAUAUCAACGCGAGUGAAAUACACAAGGGAAAUUUGAGUUUACACCUCACGUUUUGGGUGAUCUUUGACUCUACGCCCCAUUUUCAAAUAUCUUAGACUUUCCACCCUAUCGUACAACAUUUUCUGAAGAAAAAUUCGUUAAUGAGGUGCAAAGGCAAAUACUUUUUAGGGGAAAUUGGGAGCAAAAUCUAAAAGUUUGAAACAAGGGCUCAAAGUCUACUAUCACCUAAAAAGCGGGUGCAAAGUCAAAAUAUCCCAAUGCAUAAAUGGUACCAUACCUAUUGGUAUUGUUGCAUUUUGCUACCUUAAUUUUAAAUGAAUAAAAAUAGUACCUUAACUCUACAUAAAUGUUUCAACUUACAAUGUUAUUCAAAUUUCCAACCAGAAAAUCACAUGUGGCGGUCGGAAUUCUAUGUGUUAAAUCUAGUUCAUCUUAUUUUUGUCAAUAUGAUAAUACAGGGUGACUCACCACAUGGAAUUUUGAUUGCCAUGAAGGAUAUUUUGACCGCAAAUUAAAAUAGAAUCUCAAUUCGAAACAUGUUUUUUUACACCAGGGGGUAUGGGGGAGGGGCUGAGGGUCUGGAGUAAUCAGGGUUGAAACUCACUCCAUUGAGUUUCGAACCCUUAUGUACCUAACGGGGUUAAAAAAAUAUCAAUAGUUAAGGAACUAUUUGUGCACUUCACCCGCGUUGACACCAAUGUAGUUUGUUGAUAUGUUUUAUUCGUGUAGUCCACCUAGAUAUGUUAAUGAUGCCACACGGGUUUGCUCGUUGCAACUCAUCUCAAACUCUUCGUUAAAUUAGCACCCAUUUCCAAUCCCAAAUGGAAAAUGUAUGGUUAAGCUUCCACACUUUUCAAGACAACCCUCCUUUCCCUUUGGGUUGCUAGAGUGUAAUUUAGUGCUAAUAUGCGUGAUAAGAAGAAAUUGAUAUAACGAAACAUAUUUGAUAUGUACAAAUAUGAAGGAUUGAUUAUAUGGUUAGGCACGAGAGAUUGUUUUUAUUGGGUGGUGAAUUUGAUGCAGCUCUUUCUGUUUUUUAUAAUAAAAAAGCAUUAGCUGUCAUGCACAGCCAACAAAUAUUGUUCUCAUAUUUAGAACCCGGCAGAAAAGAGAGAUGAAAUCGUUGAGUUUAAAAAAUGUUUUUUUGAAAAAUUGUGCUCCGUCUGUCUCAUAAGUUUUUUCCUAUUUUUAUUUGGAUCAGAGUUUAAAAAAGUGAGAAUAGAAUGAAAAUAUAUGGUUGUGGUUAAGUAAGAAACAUGUAAAUGAAUGUUAGCUAGUAACCACACAAUACUUUCCAAAAAGGGAAAUGACAAGAAUGUGUGUUAGACGUCCGAAAAAGGGAAAAAUUUAAAGGGACAGAGGGUGGAGUAUUGCACGUGUAUAAAGUUUACAAUCUAGUCUUACUCCAUUAUUUUACCUAUUUCAUUUUCCUAAUAACAUGCAAUAUCAGAUAACAUUAUUUUUUACAGGCAUUGGAGUCCCCUUUUGUCUUCUUUUGAUAGUUUUUGGCUAAAAAAAAUAUUAGGGAAAAGUUUCAAAUAUGCCCCCUACUAAUAUGGAAAAGUAAAUUAAGCCCCGAACUCAAAAAACACUCAAUUAAGCCCACGAACUAUAAAAACAAGGCAAAACAGUCUUUUUAGCAGGUAAUUAAGCGGUUAAAAAGAGAUAAGGAAAAAAGGAAAGAAAGAGAAAAGGAGAAAAAGAAAAUGUAAAAGCAUGCCACAUCAUUUGCCACACAUGCAAAUAACUGGGAACGGUUAAUAUCCUGCUAAAAGGACUGUUUUGCCUCGUUUUUUAUAGUUCGUGGGCUUAAUUGAGUGUUUUUUAUUUUGGCGGCUUAAUUGACUUUUCCGUAUUAGUAGGGGGGCCUAUUUGACACUUUUUCUAAAAUAUUAUUAUAAAGGAGAAAAAAAUAAAGAUGAGUAGAAACAUUUUUACAAAAAGAUGGAUUACUUUUGCAACAAGGAAAUCUUUUGAGUCAAGAAGACGAAACAAAAGUGUUCACCAUAAAAGAGAUGGAGUUGGCAACAGAGAACUUAAAAAUAAGCGAAUUUUCUGUGCAGAAGGAAUUGGUAAGCUCUAUAUAGGCAUGCUAUCAAAUGGAAAGAUAGUAGUUAUCAAAAAACACUUGCUAUUAGAAAAGGCAAAAAUAUCUGUCUUUAUCAACGAGAUAUCUAUUUUAUCUCAAAUAAAUUACAGACACACUGAAAGUUAUCAGUUGUUGUUCGGAGGUAGAAGUUUCAUUGAUUGUAUAUGAGUGUGUACGAAAUGGUACCUUAGAUUCAUGGUCGUGACAAUACCAACUUCAAUAUACUAUGAGGCCAUCAUGAGAAGAUCGUUUGCGCAUCACAACAUAGAUAGCGAUUGGACUUUCUCACUUGCACUCUGUGGCUUCAAUAGUUAUAUUUCAUGGAGAUAUGAAGCCUUCAAAUAUAUUGCUUCAUGAAGAUAUGUGAUCCAUAAUAUCUGACUUUGGGACAUCUGUGUCGAUGCCCGUUGAUAUGACACAUCAUACUGUGGUUGCACUCGUAUUUACAUAUGGUUAUGUGGAUCCUAACAUUUUUACUCCGUGUUAACUGACUGACAAUCAGGAUGUGUAUGCAUUUGGUGUAGUAUUAGUAAAAUUAUUGACCAGAGAAAGACCUCCAACUAAAUUCGAUAGCACUAAUGAUCUUUCGGUGAGCACUUUUAAGUCAACUAUGCAGGAAGAGCGUUUGGUUGACAUAUUAGACUUUUUUCUUGUCGUGGAGGGCAAUAAGGAACAAAUGAAGGCAGUUGCAGUAACCAUAAUGAAAUGCUUGAAAGAGGAUCUAAGAUGUCGACCAUGUAUGAGAGAAGUAGAAGUUGAACGACAAGGACUUAUUAACGCAACAAAUGGUGCUACGCUGAGUACGCAACAAGCUGUUGUUGACUCUUCUAGAGUUAAUAUGAUAGGUCAGUUUCACCCUCAAGAAGUUAUUGACGCAACCAAUGGUGCCAGUAGAGUACGCAACAAGCUGGCGAUGACUCUUCUAGAGUUAAUUCGAUAAGUCAGUUUGAGAUACGAGAUAACUCUACAACAUCUAGCAUGUAUAUGACUACCAUAGAAACUUUUGGAAGUGUUGAAUUUUGAUGAAGCGUGAACAUAGGAACGCAUGCAACGUUGUUCUAUGUCAUGCAUUCAUUUAGUACUUCCAGAAUCAGAACUGCCGGUUUUUUUAACCGGACAGAAACUGCAUAGUGGUUCUGGUGCGGUUCAAAAACCGGUUGUUCGGAUUCCAAUUCCGGUUUAACCGAAAACCACGAACAAUUGUACACGUAUGCAUGACAUCAAAAAACGUUGCACGCAUUCCUAUGUUCAAGCUUGAUCAAAAUUCAACAUUUCUUCCAAAAUUUUUAAUAGUAAUCAUCAUACAUACUAGAUGUUGUAGAGUUCUCUCGUAUCUCAAACUGACUUAUCGAAUGAACUUUAGAAGAGUCAUCACCAACUUGUUGCGUACUCUGCGUGACACCAUUUUUUGCAUCAAUAAGUCUUUGAAGGUGAAACUGGCUUAUUGAAUUAACUCUAGAAGAGUCAUCAAAGCUUGUUGCGUACUCUGCCUGACACCAUUUGUUGUGUCAAUAAGUCCGUGAAGGUCAGCACCUACUUCCCUCAUACAUGGUUGACUUCUGAAUUGGGUCCUCUUUCAAGCAUUUCAUUGUAGUUAAUGUAACUUACUUGAUUUGUUCCAUAUUGUCCUCCACGAGAAAAGGGUCUAGUAUCUCAACCAAACGCUCUUCCUGCAUAGUUGACUUAAAUGUGCUCACCAAAAGAUCAUUAGUGCUCUCGAAUAUAGAUUGAGGUCUUUCUCUGGUCAAUAAUUCUACUAGUAUUACACAAAAUGCAUACGCAUCUUUUUGAUUGUCAGUCACAUUAUGCGUAGUAAAAAUACUAGGAUGCACAUAUCCGUAUGUAAAUACGAGUGCAACCACGGUAUUAUGUCUCACUCGUAUUUACAUAGGGUUAUGUGGAUCCUAGCAUUUUUACUACGCAUAAAGAGACUAACAAUGAGGAUGCAUACGCAUUUGGUGUAAUACUAGUAGAGUUAUUGACCAGAGAAAGACCUCAAACUAUAUAGUUAGAGGUCUUUCUUUGGUUAAUAAUUUUACUAAUACUACACCAAAUGCAUAAGCAUCCUGAUUGUCAGUCAGUUUACACGUAGUAAAAAUGUUAGGAUCCACAUAACCAUAUGUAAAUAUGAGUGCAAUAACGGUAUGAUGUGUCGUAUCAACGAACAUCAGCAUAGAUGUCCCAAAGUCAGAUAUUAUGGAUCUCAUAUCUUCAUGAAGCAAUAUUGUUGGAACAUAUUGUUUUGUUGAUGACAAACGACUAGUGUUACUUUUGGUCUAUAAGUGAUUGCAGGAAAGGAAGAUAAGUCGUGCUUUGGAACAAGCCGUAGACCUAAACCCGGAACUAUCCUACAACGGACAUAUAUAUUUUGUUGAUAACUAACCAUGCAGGUGGAACGAUGAACAGAACCACUCUCAGUUCCAUACGGAACGGAAGACAGAACUAUCCUUAGUUCUGUUCUGUGCGAACGGGUGACAUACAUGAUUAAUAUGUGCUUGCAUAAUAAUACUAUGGUUGGGUUGAAUUGUCACCUACGUGUCAAGAUCUUAUUUGAUGUAGUCAUGCAUAUUAUAAUUAUACGUAACACAAUCUCUUUCCAUGCAUGAUGGGAUACCCACUCAAAUUAGUCUAAUUCUUUAUGGAAAGAAUCCUUUUGACCAUAACAUACGUAUGUGUGCUAAUUAAGUGCCUUGCUAUCUUUAUAAGAGUUGACCAUGAUAAACUUAUGUUUGUUAAGUAAAUAUUCUUUUACCUUACGGUUUGAAUUAUUAUCUUUGAUUGAGAUAUUAAAAUAAAUAUCUUAAAGGAUCUUUACUUGCUAAUGCAUGAUUUCAUGUUGACCGUGCAUGUCUAUUUUUAAGUAAAUUAUUUAUUACUUUUGAAAAGGCUCCUUGACUAAAUUAUAUAUGGUUUGGUGAUAAGUGAAUUAACGUAACUAUCUUUCUUUAUACGGAUAUUAAUCCUUGCUUGCUUGUUUAUACAUGCUGAGUGAAUAUCUAUAUGUGCGUGACUUAUUUGCUACCUUGAAUUUAUAGUUGUGAUAUUUUAAAUAUCUUUAUUUGGCUGCCUUAUAUAUUGAGCUUGAAUAUGGGAAAUAUUAUGAAAGGAAAGCAAUUCAAAAUAUCAAGGCAAGUCCCAAGAUUAGAAGAUCAACUAUUCAAGGAAGGAUGCUCAAACGGUCUGCCCAAGACUGCAUAUAUAAACGAAGCAGCCAAAUAGAAAUAAAGUAGAGCUUGACCGAGACAAAAUCUUAAGAGACAUAUUCACAAAAGAAAUAUCAAAGUCCAAGGCGUCUGAAACUGCUCACUCGGAGUUCUAGAUAUAGUUUCUUCUUUCCCUUCUUCAUAUUGUAAUGGGGUUUUGAGGAUUGGCUAAGAGUAGCCUCCUCGGGUAGGUUUGUGUGUGUGAGAGCUUUGUUGUAAAGCUGAGAGGCUCUCUACCCGCAAGGUAGAGAAGCAUAACUCUUCCUAGAGAGGAUAGAGUUGGGGUGGCUCAAGGGUAGACUAUGAGAGUUUCCCUUGUAAUCAUACAAAGGCUUUUUAGUGAAGUUGUCAAAAUUCCUCCGAGGGAGGUCGAGUUUUUUUAAUCCCUUUGAGCCAAGGGAUUUUUCCUCGUUAAAUCCUUGUGCACUUUACUAUUUCGUAUAUCCCUUUGCCUCGCACUAGAACUGGGCGAAAAACUGCCACGGUUCCACACACACAAUUCACCCCCCCCCUCUUGUGUUGCUAACCGUUUUCAUCAAAUAUGUUUGAAGGUUUCAUAUCUCCAUGAAAUACAGCUAUUGAAGCCUAAGAGUGCAAGUGAGAAAGUCGAGUUGUUAUCUCUGUUGCGAUGCGCAAACGAUCUUCUCAUGGACUCAUAGUAUAUUGAAGUUGGUAUUGCCGCGACCAUGAAGCUUAGUUUAAGUUACAAUUUCGUUCACACUCAUACAAUCAAUGGAACUUCUACCUCCAAACAACAACCGAUAAUUUUCACUGUGUCAGUAAUUUAUUUGAGAUAAAGUAGAUAUCUCAUUGAUAAAGACAAAUAUUUUCGCCUUUUCUAACAGCAAAGAUUUUUUGAUAGCUACUAUCUUUCCAUUUGAUAGCAUGCCUUUAUAGAGCUUACAAUUUCCUUCUACACGGAGAAUUCGCUCAUUGUUUAAGUUCUUUGUUGCCAACUCCAUCUCUUUUAUGGUGAAUACUUUUGUUUCGUUUUCUUGACUCAAA